AAAAUUUAGAACUCAGGGUUAGAAUGACAGCUCCUGCAACUAAAGACGCUUUCUUUACAAAUCUCAGAAAUUGUUGGUUAGAAUCAAAUGGAAGUAGGAGUAAUAUUCAACCAUCUAACGCACAAAGCGCACUUUCUCUGAAAGAUAUUACUAUCCCGACUCCUCAAAUUACAUAUUACCAACAGCCCCAACUUCAACCUCAACUCCAACCCCAGGAAAACAAUAGGGCAUUGGAUCGUUUAGAAAGUAUUGCCGAGCGAUUAGGAUAUUCUGACGAUGCAUCUCGAAAUCCUGACGCUUUAGCAAGUUUUAUCGAUGAUGAAUUAUAUGAUAGAUUAGGCUAUGAAAAUUAUAAUAUUAGAAAAGAGCCUUUUGGUCAAGUUAACGGAGUUAGUACCAAAACUUCAGGCUCCCGAAGGGAGCCCUUCCUGCAGAAAAAAGUUAAUUACACCUAUACCAAUCAAUCUGAGCCGGAAGAUUACGAUCAAGAGGAUGAGCUUAUUGUUAAGAGGUCUUCUACUAAAAAGAAGUCUAUUGUUACUUUGGAACGGGAAGUAUUUCUUGAAUCUCUUAAACAUAUGAUAUCCGAAUUGAUGCCUCAUGUUCCCAAGGAGAUUCUCAUUGAAGCUCGUACAUUUCUUAAUAAUCUGUUCACAAAAAUGAAGGACCAGUUUGAUUCCUAUUAUGCUGAAAAGUAUACAGUUAAAGAACGAAAUAAGGUAUGGGAGAAUAUUGCGAAAAAUUAUCAAAUUAUCUUCCAGUCAUUUAUUGAAAUUAUUAAUAGACUAAGUUCAGAAAAACUUGGCCGUGCCAGCUCCGUUGACAAUACCAUUACCCUAAACCACGCCAUUAAACUAUAUCAAGGAGCACAAAUAAGACGAAAUUGGCCUAACCCCUUUGAUAUUGAUUUUCUCGAUAUAGGAGAACCUAAUGAUGUAGCGACAAUUUCUUGUAGAAUAGGUGACUUGGUAAUACCACACGCAAUUCUAGAUACCGGCGCAGAUUCUUCGAUGUUUACUGAUAACAUUCCAGAGUAUUUAGGAUUAAAAAUAGAUAAGAAAAAUAUUCAUAAACUUACUGGUGCGAUUGGGGAUUCUCAGUCUAUUGGUACUUCGUAUAACGUUCCUAUAUCCAUAGAUAGCAGAAGCGAUUCUAUAACAGUUUCUGAAGAAAUAUCCGUAAUCCCUACAAAAAAAGAUCGAAAUGGGAAUGAUAUAUCUAUAAUGAUACUUGGUACCAAAUGGCAACACCAUGUUGGAUGGGAACCUAUAGUAAAAGGCGAAUUUACAGCUACACAUAAUGGGAAGACUAUCACAAUUCCGCUUUCUACUCGAAAAGAAAAAUCUCGCCACAAU